AUGGCUGGAGAUGGUUCCCACCGUCGAAAAACAGAGGUUUAUGGGAAGCUUGAGGAGAUGAAGAGGGAGUUGAAGCUGGCAGGGUACAAGCCAAAGAUCAAACAAGUGGUGAUUGAUAUGGAAGAGGAGGAGAAGGAGAGUUCUCUUUAUCAUCAUAGUGAGAAGCUGGCUCUUGCGUUUGGUUUGAUUGGAUGUGAGAGAGGGACGACGCUUAGGAUCAUGAAGAACCUUCGUGUGUGUAAAGAUUGUCAUUUGGUGAUGAAGAUGAUAUCCAAGAUUUAUGGAAGGGAGAUUGUACUUAGAGAUCGGUGUCGGUUUCAUCAUUUUGGAGAUGGUGUUUGUUCUUGUAAUGACUACUGGUGA